GGCUAAUGUGGUUGUAAUAGGCUUGACACUGUCUUCCGUGACCAAUUCCUGUUAAAAUGGCCCGUCUACCACCAUUUAAAAUUGCAGUUGUUUCUACUGUUUUGUUCUGCGUGUGUACGAAUUUUGUAUGUUGUAAUAACGGCAGAAGGGUUGGUGAUGCCUUAGACACUGAGUUCAGUGGUUUCUCUGUGCCUCUAGAACACUCAUUCGAAGUUGAUGAUGUUGCAAAGUUUCGAGUACGCGGAGCACUGGUGCUGAAAGCUGGAAGGGAGCCCAGUGUCUCACUGAGUCAGAACCAGCUAUCAGAGGAAGACAGAACCAAACUGAAGGAAGUGGCUGCGGUGGACGGUCUGUACAGAAUCAGAGUGCCUCGUGUUUUCCUGCAGGCAGACAGACUGACAGAGCGCCAGAUGGAAGGUUACCUCACAGCGUUUGUCAGAGCUUGUGCCAUGGUUGAGUCCCAUCUGAGCGAUGCAAUCACCCUCCACACUGAUGUCUCUGGGUAUCUCAUCAGUGUCUCUAUAGUGACAGUACCUGGGGCCUGUAGGGGCACUGAGGUCGAGGAUGAAGUCGAUCUUGAGGUUUUCAACACCACGCUCCGUGUCAUGGCACCUGUUAAUGCACCUGGACCGGAGACGGCUUUGUUCCUUGAACGAAUGGAGCAGGAAUCUGAGAAGAAAGCCAAGAAUCCACAAGAGCAGAAAUCGUUCUUUGCUAAAUAUUGGAUGUACAUCGUUCCUCUCGUUCUCUUCUUGAUGAUGUCUGGCGCACAGGACCAAUCAGGGGGAGGGGCCGGGGGCGGAGCCGGCAAUGGAGGUGGCCGAUGAUCAGCACACCAACAACAUUUUUUGUUUUUGUGAAGAUUUACUGAACAAUACUUCUCUUGAACAGUUUUUUAAUUGCUGUACAUAAUAAUAUUUAAGGAAAUGUCACAUACACAACUGAAACCUGUACAGUAUAGGGUAGAUAUUGUGCCCUGCAGAUGACUGCAUUCUAAAUACUAAUGUGAAAAUAAAGUAUUUAUUACUUGAAUACUCAGACUUAA